CGGGAAGCUUAAAGAGUCCGUUCACAUGACCCUUCCCCUCAAGACUAAAGCAUAAAAUGGAAAUAUAAUAUCAUCAUGUAGUACUAUGGAUGGAUUACCAAAGUAAAAAGGAUGAGGUAAACUCACCUCCCCGCAAAAUUUCCCAUCUUCCAGUUUUCUACUGGUCCUCUGGAGAUUGAUGGAACAUGAGAGAAAGAUCAGAAUGACCUCAUCGGGAAUGCGGAGACAAACGAGACAGAGGGAUUAUCAUCAUCUGGUUACAGGAUUAUAUAUCCUUUGCUUCAAAAACAAACUUGUAGUCUUUAGUCCCGAAUCGUACCGAGGAUAAGGCAAUAGAUCUACUCUGGUUGAAUUAAAGGGAGAUUUCGGUAAGAAGAAUUAUAAUAAGAAAACAAGACCACCACGAUGAAAGAAGCUAUUGUGUCCAAGGGCCCGGAGGUCCGGAUCGUUGAUUCGGAGAUCCCUACACCAGGGCCAGACCAACUGGUCAUCCGGGUUGUCGUUUCGGGGAGCAACCCCAAGGAUUGGAAAAUACCCGAGUGGCUCGGAAAGACCCUGAACACUGGAGAUGACAUCGCCGGCAUUGUCCACUCGAUUGGGUCCAACGUGUGGGAAUUCAAACCCGGCGACCGCGUUGCGUCGUUCCACGAGAUGAGUACGCCUGGAGGGAGCUUCGCCGAGUAUGCUGUGGGAUGGCAGCACACCACAUUCCACUUGCCCAACAACGUCAGCUUUGAAGAGGCUGCCACUCUACCUCUCGCAUUCAUGACAUCAGCCAUCGGUUUGCAUGCCCGACUCGGCCUGCCGGUCCCCUGGACUCCCGCGACCGAGCCCACGCCGCUCGUCAUCUACGGCGGAGCCUCGACCGUCGGCGCCUUCGCCAUCCAGCUGGCCGUCAAGUCCAACAUCCACCCCAUCAUCGCCGUCGCCGGCCGCGGGGCGGACUUUGUAGAGGCCAUGAUCGACCGCUCCAAGGGUGACACCAUCGUCGACUAUCGCAAGGGCGACGACGCCGUCGUGCAGGGCAUCCGCGACGCGCUCAAGGGCGCCGAGCUCAAGUACGCCUACGACGCCACAUCCGAGCACAACUCGUACGUCAACAUCGCCAAGGCCAUGCCGACGGGUGGCAAGAUCACCGUCGUACUUCCAGCCAAGGAGGCUGUGCCCGACAACGUGGAAAUCGUCAUGACGAUGGUCGGCACCGCGCAUGGCGACGAUAGUGACUUUGCCCACGUUUGGUUCAGACUACUUGCCCGUUGGCUUUACCUAGGGACUUUUAAGCCUCACCCGCACCAGGUUGUAGAGGGAGGGCUCAAUGGCGUGGAAAAGGGACUGAAGAACCUGAAAGAGGGCAAGGCCAGCGCAGUCAAGUAUGUCUUCAGAAUUGCCGACACUCCUGGCGUGUCAACAGCUCAGUUGUAA